CUUGAUGCCAUGUUGUUAUUAUAGGAGCAGCUUGAACUUGCCAAAAGAGAGAACACGGGUCUUCUUGAGCGGGAACGACAGCUCCAGCUGAAAGUGAAGAGUUUGCAGAACUCCUUGAAAAGCGAAAAGGAAGAGAUUCACAAGCUACAGAACAUUGUGUCCAGCCGGGCUAGCCAGUACAAUCACGAAAUGAAGAGAAAAGAGAGAGAAUUAAACAAACUGAAAGAGAGACUGAAUCAGCUCCUGGUCGACAAAAAGGAGAAGAGACUUGCGAUUGACGUGUCAAAUAAACUUGGAAGGGCAGACGGCAAGAGGAGCCUCUGGAAGACUGAGAAGACGGUAGCAAAGCACGAGGGGGAGAUGUACAAAACUCUGCUUCGGGACUACGAGAGCAGGCAGAAGGAGCUACUGCUAGAAAAUGCUGAAUUGAGAAAGGUUUUGAAGCAGAUGAAAAAAGAGAUGGUGGCCAUUCUCAGUUCCAGGAAGCCAAAUGUCAAUGGAGACAAACAGGACAACGGUGCUCAAGAAGUGGACUCGGAUGAGGAAGAAGAAGGGAUUGAUUCUUGUAAGGAGAGUGUAGAGCUGUUUAGUGUUCACGCUCGGGAGAAGUUGACCAACGGUGUUCGGCGUCAGCUGAAAAAAUUGAAGACCCACGUUGAGAGACUGGAUAGCCGAGAUGACAGCGAAGACACUGAGAAUGUUCCCCAAGACACAUCCAAGGAAAUGGGCAAACUAAGACUCGAGGCCCGGCAGUGUAAAGACUAUAUUCAGAAACAGCAACACCUCCUGCAGCAGAAACUGAGCGCUCAGUGUGAAGAGGAGACGUCCGCCAUGCUGGCCGAUUGCCACAUGUUCCAGGAGAAAGAUUGUCUCCGAGACGAGUGGAAGACCCUCGAGGGCCAGAGGAAGAGUUUUGAGAGGGAGAGGAGGAACUUCACAGAGGCAGCAAUCCGACUGAGUGAAGAGAGAAAGACCUUUGAGGAAGAACGCGCCACGUGGCUCAAACACCAGUUUUUAAACUCGAGCCCUUUUGCCGACUCCAAGAAACCACAGUCGCACUGUGCCUUUCAGACACUAGCUGAAAAAGAGCCCAGUAGAGCAUCGCUUCCUGAAAGGGCCGUCACCUCUCCCACCCCUGGAUGUGCACCAAGUGUAUCAUCCUCCACAUCGGACCUGCUUCACACAUUAAGCAUCAUCUGUGAAAACAGCUCCACCAAACCAAAGAGGAGCGAAGAUGCGGGUGAUGCCAGCUUCUUGGCAGCGCAGCACAAAUGGUGGAUUAGCGGCGGGGACCACAGCAGCCUCACGCUCACACGGAACAACGUCUCUAUCUGAGAAUAAAGGCCGAUGUCCAUGCACUGAGCUACAGUGCAUUCCAAAGUAUUGAGACUUCAGGAUUUUUGGGACCCAUGACCCGAGGGAGGAUAAAAGCAAUUGAAGAUGGAUGGAUGUUGGAGGUAUUUUGUAUGAUAUGGUCAGUUGUGGCCAUUUUGUUUUCAUUCAGAUGUUUUCUAUCGAGAUUUUGUGGAAAAUGUUUUCUCUUGUACUGUUUGGCUAUCAUAUUAGAGCCCUGGGGGUGUUCAGUACAAGAAAGAACCAUGUAAGGCUCAUUGGUUAUGGGUGUCAUUCGAAUGAAUGUUCUUUUUUUGUGUUUAGAGACACAGUAGACAUAUAUGAUAGUAACCUUUUUUUGUCUGAUGAUUAUGAGAUGAGUGUUCACACCUGAAAUGUGAAUUUUUCUAUUUCAAUGCAGACAAAUUUUUGAAACACUUCUGUAUGAAAUGUGUUUCCCCAUAUGCCUAUUUCAAAAAAAACAAACAGCCACGGGCCAACAAGCUUUCCUGUUCUUAUAUGAUGGCCGGAGGGGCGAGUAAAACUUGGAACCAUUCGGUGAACGAUACAGUAGACCCCUAUGGACCUUGGUUUUGCACUUGGUGAGUA